UCUUCUUUCCCCAAAGUUGUAACCUUUACAGUAUUUUUUAUUCAACCCAAAUUUGAAAGCUCAAGAAGAGCUUUUUUGAAGUUGUAUGUUUGUUAUAAUCUAUACAGUUCCAAUGAAUUCUCCGGUUCCACUUUCUUUAUCUACUCUGUUGGAACUCUGCACCAAUCUCUUGCAAAAAUCUGUAAACAAGUCCAAUGGUCGUUUCACAGCGCAACUGGUUCAUUGUCGCGUUAUCAAAUCGGGUCUCUUUUUCAGUGUUUACUUGAUGAAUAAUCUAAUGAACGUCUAUUCAAAAACUGGUUAUGCUCUUCACGCACGCAAGUUGUUCGAUGAAAUGCCUCUGAGAACGGCUUUUUCAUGGAACAUUGUUCUUUCGGCUUAUGCUAAACGAGGAGAUAUGGAUUCGACUUGUGAAUUCUUUGAUCGAUUGCCUCAAAGGGAUUCGGUUUCUUGGACUACGAUGGUUGUUGGGUAUAAGAACGUUGGUCAAUAUCACAAGGCUAUAAGAAUUAUGGGGGAAAUGAUGAAGGAAGGGGUUGAGCCUACGCAGUUUACGCUUACGAAUGUGCUUGCCUCGGUUGCUGCAACUCGUUGUUUGGAGACAGUGAUGGCAAAAGUUGUUUUUGAUAGAAUGGUGGUUAGAGAUAUCUCAAGUUGGAAUGCUAUGAUUGCGUUACAUAUGCAGGUCGGUCAGAUGGAUCUAGCUAUGGCGCAAUUCGAGCAAAUGGCUGAGCGCGAUAUAGUCACUUGGAAUUCUAUGAUUUCUGGUUACAAUCAGAGAGGAUAUGAUCUCAGAGCUCUAGAUAUGUUUUCGAAGAUGCUGAGGGAUUCUAUGUUGUCACCAGAUAGAUUCACUUUGGCGAGUGUGUUAUCUGCCUGUGCCAAUCUUGAGAAACUUUGUAUUGGGAAGCAGAUUUAUUCGCAUAUUGUUACAACUGGAUUUGAUAUCUCUGGAAUUGUGUUAAACGCCUUGAUUUCAAUGUAUUCGAGGUGUGGAGGGGUUGAGACUGCCCGGAGACUGAUCGAACAAAGAGGAACUGCAGAUCUCAAGAUUGAAGGUUUCACAGCUUUACUUGAUGGGUACAUUAAGCUUGGGGAUAUGAUUCAAGCCAAGAUGAUAUUUGAUUCGUUGAGAGAUCGCGAUGUAGUAGUAUGGACCGCCAUGAUUGUUGGAUACGAGCAACAUGGUUUGUAUUGUGAAGCUAUAAACCUUUUCAGAUCAAUGGUUGGAGGAGAGCAGAGACCAAACAGUUACACUCUUGCAGCGAUGUUAAGCGUAGCAUCAAGUUUGGCAUCAUUAGGUCAUGGAAAGCAAAUUCACGGGAAUGCUGUAAAGUCAGGGGAAAUUUAUUCGGUUUCUGUCAGCAACGCGUUGAUAACAAUGUAUGCAAAGGCGGGCAACAUUACAUCGGCAUGGCGGGCAUUUGAUUUGAUACGCAGUGAAAGAGAUACGGUAUCUUGGACGUCCAUGAUUAUAGCAUUGGCACAACACGGUCAUGCAGAAGAAGCACUCGAGCUCUUUGAGACAAUGCUGAUGGAAGGGCUAAGACCUGAUCACAUAACAUAUGUUGGUGUUUUCUCUGCCUGUACUCACGCUGGUUUGGUCAACCAAGGCCGUCAAUACUUCCACAUGAUGAAAGAUGUAUAUAAGAUUGAACCUACCCUUAGCCACUAUGCUUGUAUGGUGGACCUGUUUGGACGGGCUGGUUUAUUGCAGGAAGCACAAGAGUUCAUCGAAAAGAUGCCAAUUGAGCCUGAUGUAGUGACAUGGGGUUCACUGCUCUCUGCUUGCAGGGUUCACAAGAACGUUGAUCUUGGGAAAGUUGCAGCAGAGAGAUUGCUUCUUAUCGAGCCAGAGAACAGCGGGGCAUACUCAGCCUUAGCUAACUUGUACUCAGCUUGCGGAAAAUGGGAAGAAGCUGCUAAGAUAAGAAAAUCCAUGAAAGAUGGAAGAGUGAAGAAGGAACAAGGGUUUAGCUGGAUUGAAGUGAAGCACAGAGUCCAUGUCUUUGGCGUUGAAGACGGGGUUCACCCACAGAAGAAUGAGAUCUACAUAACAAUGAAGAAGAUGUGGGACGAGAUCAAGAAAAUGGGUUAUAUUCCCGACACUGCUUCUGUACUACACGACCUAGAAGAAGAGGUUAAAGAACAGAUUCUAAGGCACCACAGCGAGAAACUAGCAAUCGCAUUCGGGCUAAUUAACACUCCAGAUAAAACCACAUUGAGGAUCAUGAAGAAUCUCAGAGUGUGCAAUGAUUGCCAUACGGCUAUAAAGUUCAUCUCCAAGCUUGUGGGAAGGGAAAUAAUAGUGAGAGACACAACAAGGUUUCACCAUUUCAAAGAUGGGUUUUGUUCUUGCCGAGAUUAUUGGUGAGAAUAAGGAAGACUCGAGAAUUCUCAUAUGGACUACAAACUCAAGCCAUUGUACAAUAGAUUCAGGUAUGGCCUUUUUGAAGGGUAAACAACAAAACUUUCCUCUUUCAUUUUGUUAUAUUGCUAUGUAAGUUCCAUCAUCAUCAUCAUAAAUUAUUGAGCAUUAGAAUAAGAUGACAUGGCAUGUGAGUCUUUAGUGCUAAAGGAGAAGGAUAUUAUGAACGAUGGAGAUGUUUUUGGGAAAGCAUAAAGAGGAAAGAGAGAGAUAGAGAGAGUAAAUGGAAUUGGAACAAUUAGAAAGAAGUAUAGAAGAAGAAGAGAGAAUAUGGUUCUGUUUGUUACCAAAAGCUUUUCUUAUUACUAACCAUUGACUAGACUAUAUUAUACAUAGAU